UUGAACGAGUGCAAUGACCGUGCGAUACGGAGGCGUUUGGCAACACGGUUUCGAAACCGCACCCUCCAUAGAACCAGCGGACUGUGGCUGUGGCAUUAUUUGCACGUAUUCUGUAAACGUAUAUCCGUCGUUGGCAGUGCGUGGCCGGCACGUCGCACGACGAAACCGUGCCUCAAUCCCAGCCUGAGCCGCGAGCUUGACUGCUUGGCUAGUAAAUACUUGAUUACUACUACAAACCAAACAGAUGGCAAUGAGAUGCAAGUCGCCGCGUCUGGGACUGCCAUUUAACCGCUGAAACCGAGGGCCAGCCUUUAGCCAAAAUCGUGGUUCAUAACAUUUGAACGCCGAACUGAGCUUUAUGACUCUAAUUCAUCAGCUUUGAUCAAUUACCAUCAUAUGACUACUUCAUGCCCAGCAACAGAAGAAAGGAAUGGGCCUACUAUGCUGCUUCCGAGGUAACAGAACAGACGCAAAUGAUGAACGUCACCUACAGCACCACCUGGCAGCAGAGGUGCCAAAAGAAACUGUGCCAGCCUGCGAGGACGAUGCGCAGCUGCGAUCCCAUCCGAAUAAACAUGUUAUUGCAAGAGGCGAAACUUCCUCUGGUCGCGGCGACGUGCGGGCGGCAGUUUCAAAUGCAUGCACCGGCUUAGGCGCAGUCGACUCCGAUGCUUGGUCUGCACGCGUCCGAGCGAGCCUCGAUGUCAUCGCUGCGGCCGGUCUCGGCCCCGCCAGCUUGGCGCUCUUCGGGAGUGCGCUGCCGCCGCACGCCUCUGCGCCCGGCGCGGCCGCAAACGGACCUCAGCUGCAGCUACAGCCGCACAUGUGCGCACAAGACACUGCAGGCGCUGCUGCCGCCACCGGCUGGCUGUGCCGGAGCAGCACUGGGUGCGCCGGCGGCACGGCAGUUGGUGCUGCAUCUGUUGCGGCAGCAGUAUCAGCGGCUGGCGGCGGCUGCGGCCCCUCCGCCAGCUGCUGGCUGCCGCAGCUGCACGAAGAGCUGAGUGCGCUCAUGACGGCGGUGGAGAUGGCGCAGCAGCCUCCGGAGUCGCACGUGGUGGUGGUGAGCCCGGUGGCGUGCGAGGAGGCUUUGUCAGGGCUCCUGGGGGCGGGCUCGGGCGGGGUGAUGGUCGCAGCCUCCACUGUCCCGUUCGUGCUGGUGCCCGGGGAGCAGCUUGCGCUUCCGGUGCUUGACCGCACCGGGCGUCUGGCGGCGGCGCUGCUGCUGGGUCUCGGGGACUUCCAGCCGCAUGCUGCUCCUGCUGCUGCUACCGAGGGUCUGCAGCUGACGUCACCAGACGUGGCGGAGCUUCAGCGGCUGGCGCAGUUCUUUGGUUACGGCAUGUUUGCGGACCCUGUCCACACCAAAUAUCUGUCGAAGGUUGCCUCCCACCUGUCCUCCGCCUCCGUCAGCCUCAGCCUGCACGACCUGGUGUGUGCGGUGCUGGACGCGGUGCCCGACCUGCUGGCCGCAAAGACGGGACUCACACGGCCGCACGCGCUCAUGGCAGCAACCACCGCGCCGCCGGGGCAGCCGCCGAGCCCGCCGGCGGUGGCGGCAGUGGCCGGGGCGGCGCCGGGCACCUCUCCGGCUGCCAGCAUCACUGGCGGCGGCCUGAGCCCGGCAGUCAUAUUCAUGCCGCGGGGGCGGAACGGGUCCGGCGCGGACGCAGCUGCUGCGGACCCCGCACCCGCAGGGCCGGCGGCAGGCGCUGCCGCCACCACCGGCACCCGUAGCGGGCCAGGUGUUGCUGCCGACGGCUCUGGUGUCACCUCCCAGAACGUGUUGAGCAGCAGUGGCCACCUGGGCACCGGCACGGGCGGCGCCUGCAGCUUCCCCGCGCCGCUGCAGGCCCCCGCCGUGUCCGGGAGCCACGGCGCCCCCCCGGCCGCCAGCCCCGCCCGUCAGCAGCCAGGUCAGCAGCAGGCAGGGCCGGCAGCUGGCGGCGCACCCUCUCUGCACAACUUAGGAAGCAUAUUCGGCAGCAACUACAGCACGGGCGGCAUCGGCGGCAGUUUGGAAGCGGGCGGCGGCGAGGGCGGCCACCAUAGGCUGCUGGCGGGGGGGCCGUACGCGGAGCGCCAGCCGCCGCCGCCGCCGCCGCCGCGCCCCGCCCGCAUCAAGGCGGUGCGCCUGCCGCUGAACGGCACACUGCUGCUGCAGACUAUCAGGUCCGCCCAGGUGGCGCAGACCGCAGCCACCGCAGCUGCCGGCCCCAUGCAGAACCGCACGCUGGCCGCCUCCGCCGCCCAUGCCGCCUCCGCGCCGCUGCCGCGCCCCAGCGGCCGCGUGGCUCUGGGCCUGCUGUCUAGCGCCGCGUGCGCCAGCCCCUCGCUGCACGGCGGCACACCCGCACUCAUGGACACGGGCGUUAUCAGCGGCGGCGGCGUGCACUCGCCCUCCAGCGCCGCCGGGCCGCCCGAUGUGCUGGUGGCGGUGAUCCCCGACGCCAGCGCCCACGUGCUGGACGAGCAGCAGCCGCAGCUGGACGUGCGCCUGGCCAGCAGCCUGGUGCUCACACUGGCGGGCGGCGGCGGCGGUGCAGGAGGCGGUGGCGGUGCAGGAGGCGGUGGCGGUGCAGGAGGCGGCGGCGCUGCAGGAGGCGGCGGCGCUGCAGGAGGCGGCGGCGGUGAGGGCCCCCUGCACAGCUCCACCGCCAGCCUGACGCAGCUGGGCGGCGCCGGCGGCUCUGCCCUGGCGUCCAUUACAAGCGUGCCCACCUCCCACGCCGGUACUGUGCUGCUGUGCCUGGAGUCGUUGUCCGCCGCCGCAGCUGCGGCCGGCGCCUUCAAUCCAGCGCUAGCAGCAGGAGCCGCGAUGGUCGCUACAGCCGCCGAAAGGGGUGCCACCGGCAACUUCAGCCGGCCCAGCCACAGCAGCACGGGUGGACCGAGCUGCCUGGGCCUCACGCCCGCUCCCUCCUACGUGCCCGGCACCAUCCCCACCGCCGCAGCCGCAGCCGCCACAGCCACCGUUGGCCCCGCCGCCAACCCCUCGCCCUGGCGCAACCGCGGCUCUGGCAACUACGCCGCCGCCGCCUCCUCGACCGUAGGCGGCAGCCACGCCGGCCCCGCUUCCAUGGGUAGCAUGAGCACCAACCUGGCCUCAAGCACCGUCCGCCACAGCGCCGGCAGCCGCCUGGGGCUGGGCAGCUGCGCCGGCGGCCCGCUCAGCCACUCCUAUUGGCCUCACAUGACCGCGCCCGGUGUCGGCGGUGCAGGCUGGAGCCACGGCGGCGGCGGCGCAGACCGCGACUCGGCGUCCAGCGGGGCCUACACACACGGCGGUGCAGCAAGCGCGGUAGGAGGAGCAGGCGCGCUCAGCUGUCAAGCCGUCGGUGCGGGCGUGGCGGCGGCGGAGCUGGCGGCCUUAGGUGCCUCCAACGCGGCUGCGUCCGCGCAACACCAGCAUGCGGCAACUGGUGCGCUGGUGAGCGCCCAUGCGGCCGGGGUGGCGGCGGUGGCGCUUGGCGCCGCAGCCCGGGCGCGAGCCUCUCUGUGCCCCGGCCCCGGUCAGCUGGGCGUGUACGUGGUGUUUGCGGAGGUGCUGCCGCGCGGGCUGCUGGAGCUGGCGGCCAGGGAGCUGGCGGCAGUCAUGCCGGUCAUCUUCAGCACCUUCCGGGAGUCCCUUGCCGCAUCCGCAUCCGCCGCUGUCAAUGCCGCCGCUGCGGCCGCAAUCGCCGCAUCGACGAUUGAUGCGACGGGUAGCAGAGCAGCAGGCGGCGCACUGGACGCAGGCGCGGCGAGCUCCACUGCCUCGGAGUGGACAGCCCUCUCGACACAGCUGACUGGGCGCGCACCCGGCGGUGGACUAGGCGGCAACACCACCGCAUCUGCGCUGGUCUCCACAGGUUGCGGCGGUGGGGUUGCCGGGCUGCUCGGUGCCACCGGGCACCUUCUGCACAACGGCGGUGCCGCGGCGUGGCUGGACGCCGCAACACUGGCUGGUGGCGGCAGUGUUGGCAGCGGCGGCUAUGUGCCCCCGCCCUCGGCCCCACUGCCCAGCCCGCUUGUAGGUGGUGGUGGCGGUGCUGGUGGUGGCAACACGUUACUGUCAACUGUGUCAGAGCACACCGUGGCCGCACACGGCCCCGCAGCGGCUGCCGCAGACGCCGCAGUGCUGACCGCAGCCAGCCGGCCCGGCGGCGCCCGGCUGAGCGGGACGGGCGGCCCGGGCGCGGCGGCGGCGGCCUCCAUGCCCCUGCCACGCCGCACCAGCACCGACCGCAUGAGCAGCGGCGGCAGCGGCAGUGCUGGUGCACUGCCGCCGCCUCUGCGGGGCCAUUCGGCGCUGGAGUCCAUUCAGAAACGCCUGGGCGCCGCCUUCGGAGCCGGCCCCACAGGCGGCGGCGGAGGCAGCCAACCGCCCAUGCCGCGCCUGGCGUCCAGCAGCAGUGUGCAGCACCCGCCGGUGCCCGGCGCUCCCCUUCCUCAAGAUUUGAUGCUGCCGCCCCACAGCACCGCUGCAGCCGGGGGCCAGCAACGCGGUUUCCCACGGCUGCUGGCAGGGCCACCGCCCGCGCCCUCAACCCCCUACGCCCACCCCUCCCUCCCUGCCAUACCAGCCGACCAAGAGGCGCGGCCGUACGCCAUGACCUUCGCCACGCCUGCACCUACUUACGCCACCGGCCAGCCGCCGCCCUACCUGGCUCCCCACCUCGCCGCGGCCCCCCACCUGCACGGCCCCCACACCGGCAUGCGCAUGGGCCCGCGCCGCAGCGCCACUGUGGGCCCCGCCGCCAUGCGCGAGCUGCACUCCAGCUCCGGAGCCGUGCAGGCCCCCCAGGGGCCCAGCUCAGCUGCCGGCCCCGGGGCCGCCAGCAGCACCUGCCACCUGCUGGCCGCCGCGGCCGCCGCCGGCCCCACGUCCGCGGCCUCUGGCGCCUACCGCUGGUCUGUCAGCAGCGCCCUGGCGCCCAUGUCGCCCCGCAGCGGCACCCUGGGCUCCACCACGGGCACGGCGCUGGCCUCGGGUCCGGCGCUGUUCCUGGAGGACGCUGCCGCCGCCAGCGUGGGCGGCAUGGCGCCGCCGCCCACUGAGGCUCUGCUGGCGGCCAUGCGGCGGCGGCUGUCCACCGCCCUCAACUCGCACGAGGAGGGACAGCAGGCAAAGGCGGCUGUGAGUCAGGACAUUGCAGCGGUGGAGCUGCUGGAAAUGCUGGGCCACGGCGGCCAGGGUGUGGUGUUCCGCGGCACGCUGCACGGACUGGAGGUGGCGGUCAAGGUGCUGGAGCAGCAGAAGCCGCCCGCAGCGUCACCCGCGCCGGGGCGGCAGCAGCAGCAGCAGAUCGGCGACGGCACAGCGCAGGGGGCGGAGCAGCCGGUUGCGCAAGCGGGCGAAGGCGGGGGCCCCUGCACGGGUGGCGGGGCGGAGGACGCUAUGAAGGAUGAGGCGGAGCAGGAGCAGCACGAUGCGUUCGUGCGCAUGUUCAAGCGGAGCGCUUUGGAGCUCGCGGUUGCGGGUGUGGUCAGCCACCCGAACAUCGUGCAGGUGUAUGCGGUGUUCAGUGACGUGUCGGUGGUGCGGCUGAAGCAGGCGGAGGGACAGCCCGCGCAGCUGAGGCUGUGCGCGGCGGAAGACCUGCGGGCAGCGGGCAUCGCUCCAGACCCGCUCAACCAGGUCCUGUGUCUGGAGUACUGCGACUCGGGCUCGCUGCUAGAUCAGGUGCGCUCCGGCGCGUUCCGGCAGCCGUGCGCCUCCAGCGCCGAGCAGGGAGCCAUGUGGCCGGCGCUGGUGCCCCUGUACACGAGCCUGCUGGAGGUGGCGCUGGCGCUGCGGCACAUGCACUCCAAGCGGCUGGUGCACUGCGACGUCAAGGCCGCCAACGUGCUGCUCAAGAGCUCGGCAAGGGACCCCCGCGGCUGGAGCUGCAAGCUGAGCGACUUUGGAUGCGUGCGUAUCCUGAAUGAGGAGGGGCCGGACGGGCAGCCCGGCUUCCGCAUGGCACACCCGCACGGCACAGUCGCUUUCCUGCCGCCAGAGGUCUUCAAGGGCCCGCGUGUGCUAUUGGGCACCUCCCUCGACAUCUACGCCUUCGGCAUUCUGAUGUGGGAGCUGCUCAUGGCGCGCACGCCGCACAGGGGCCUGGACCGCAAGGACAUUCCGAGGCAGGUGCUCCACGCCGGGCUGCGGCCCGCCUUCCACCCGCUGGCGCCCGAGCCGUACAGGCAGCUGGCGGCGCGGUGCUGGUCCGCCAACCCGCGCGUUCGGCCCACUGCGCUGGCGCUGGUGGCGGAGCUGCAGCAGCUGCUGGCAGACGCGCAGGCGGCGGCGGCAGAGGGGCUACAGCUGCGGUGAUUCAUACAUGGCAAGGAGGGUUCGUGCCAGUGGGCGUCGGUGGGGGCGGAGCGUCGGGCAGGAGCCGGCGUGGGGGCGCGUGGAGGUCACUUGGGGACACGUACGCCAAACAGGGGAUCUGAAGAAAUCAACCGCUGCGGGGAUUCCAGAAAUUUCAUAAUGGACGCGAAGUAAUGUCCGGGUCUAUCAAUCAAGCAAUGAGCAUACCCCCCGCGAAGCACGAAAGCAAUCGGACAGGCAUGGGUGGAUGUGAGCAAUGGGUCGGAGUGUUGGAUUCAGGACGGGUCCGUGCCAUGAGCUGCGCCUGCCGCUGUUACGGGUACUUGAGGCUGCAGGUCAAGGUGCGACGACGUAGAUGAAUGGAGCAACAGGGCCUCAAAGUGAUUGUUGGCACUUUCGCGAUGCCAGUCCGUAUCCUUGUGAUGCAUUGCAAACGAAUGUGUUCGAGUGUGAGAGGUUAUUGAUGUUGCCAGGGUGCUUCAAGCAUGCAUGCAUGAAGAAGCGCAUGUAUGGAGAGGUCAAACUUAAAUGGGUGUGCGCGUGCACCUGAUAUGGAUGGAGCCGUGAACAUGCGCCGCGCCCACACACGCACGGGGCUCUGUAUUGGCCAAGGGCUGCGGCCACCGCACCCAUGCGGUUGGUCUGGUUCUUUUUGCAUGAUGAGGUAUUCAGACCCCCGUGCACCAAGGCCUCGGUGGUGCCACGUCAUUUCCGAUGUUGAGGUUCAACCGCAUAGGAAUUCCAUGCUUCUUUUGCUGGCGGAUGUAUGUGUGGCAGACGUCACUACCGGUCGUGUGCCGAGCACAGGCGUUCUUGCUACCGCGCAUUACUAUGCUGCAUCCUUAUCAACUUUCGCAUAAAGGCACAUUACGUGAUGGACAAACGCCCAAGCACGCAAACGCGCUUCGGGUGCGUCUUGGAUGCUGGGUACGUAUAAACUUCCGUGAUAUCCGCUGGUUACUGCUGAAGGAGUCUUCGGGGUCUCUUUUUGUGAGUUCAAGCAAAGUGUGCUGGACUGCAUUGCUCUGUUGUGGUAGCAGGGUGAGCCAAUGCCUUACAAAGCUAUACAUGUAGAUGGCGGCUGCGGAUGGCUUUGGAACCCCGCCAUGGCGAGGGAAUAGGGUCAUGGCAGCUGGUGAGUGGUCCCCGUCACCUCCUUGCCGGCUGCUGGGGGCCACCGCCAUGGACCCAUGGUGCACAGCAGUCACGGCUCGCGCUCGUGCACCAGCAGUAUCAUCCAGGCGGCCCCUGACGCAGCAGCCAAGUUGAUCGGGCUUCUGUAGUGCUGUGUGUCGUGUUGGCGUACGUAGCGCUGUGAGCCGUUCCACGGACACCCCACACGCAAAGACUGGGACUGUGAUAUGUUACUUGAGGACUCAUGCAUCCUUAUUGGCCUUACUUCAGUGGCAUGUGUCGCUGCCACACCGCCUUUGUUUCGAUGCUGUCGGCACACCUGGGCAAGGCCUCACUGUGAUGACGCUUGCGUAUAUAUUAUUCGGGGUGGAUAAGCGGAGUGAAAUUGUAGCUGGUAGGGGAGGCAUGAACUUCACAACGUACCCUUGUCAAUUUAGCGGCCGCCAAACCGCACCUCCUCAUCACGACCCGAUACACUCCCACGCGCUGCACCUAGCGUCCCUAGCACACACGCGCACAAAACCCGCCGCCAUUGCUGCCGGCGUCCUAUGAUUUGAGGGGCUCAGCCCCUUUUCCCGUGACCGGGGAACACUUGUCAAUUAAGCGCAUAGCAGCGCCCGAACCUCACUACUGUUUCAGAUGCAUGCGUGCCAGUGUACGCUUGUACCGUGCAUGUGAGUAGAAGAAGUUGCGGUUGCCGGCACCACAUGGGAGCUGGCAUGUCUGGAUUAACCACUCCGGGUCCUUCAUACGUGGUGAGACUGCCAAGGCGCGAUUGGUGUGUCGAGCUGGGGCCUAGGACGAGGUGUGCGAGUCUCGCCCUCACCUGUAGAGGGUUGCCAUGUGCGCGGGACCGGGUGGCGCGCAACUACGGGUAUCGUAGCAGAGGCGGGUAAGGAGCUGUGGAUGGGAGCACUGGCUGCUGUGGUCGCCUGUUGGGAGGGCCAUGGUUGCACACAGGGUCCACGUUGGCAUCGAAGUGGGGGGAGGGCAAGUCGGUGGCAGCAGGCCUGAUACAGUGCUCGUAUCUUCCAUCUACACUGUAGAAAUCUGCCCAAAAUCCGCCGAAGGCGGAGAAAAAUUGAUGGGUUUGGGUGCCACGCAUCUACGCAGUGUAGACGGUUUUGGCCGGUUUUGGCGCAAAAAUGGGGGAAGCGUAGACGUUUUGGGGGGCUUGGGGGCUUAAGUGUAGAUGCCGCGGUCAGGGUCAUCUACGCAUGUGUAGAUGCCGGGUGCCUGAGGGCAUCUACAAGAUACGAGCAUCUACAAGAUACGAGCCCUGAUACUAGCGAGGCGGAUUGUAAAAGCAACGUCCU